GUAGGAGUCGGGACGCCAGGAAGAAGAACAGAGUGUGCGCCUCGCGAUAAAGGAAACGACCAACUUCAUUCAUUCAUUCAACUGUCGGACGAAACUACAGCGUUUACCCACCGCUACAUGUUAGCACGCGCACACAGGUGUACGUGUGCGGGUCUGUCACAGUAGCUGGAACACUUGCGUGUGUAUAACCAACUCCAGCUGUGUGUGUGUGGGUGUGUGUGCGUGCGUGGGCGUGUGUGUGUGUGUUUAUGUGUGUGAAGAGCACGUGCGAGCCAUGUCAGUGUCAGUGAUCAUAAAGUGGGGAGGUCAGGAGUACUCCAUCAGCUCUCUGUCUGAGGAGGACACGGUGAUGGAUCUGAAACAGUCCAUCAAGAGCUUGACGGGGGUGCUGCCCGAGAGACAGAAACUACUGGGACUCAAGGUCAAAGGUAAACCUGCAGAGGAUGAGAUGAAGCUUGGCUCUCUGAAGCUGAAGCCUAACACCAAGAUCAUGAUGAUGGGUACCCGAGAGGAGAGUCUGGAAGACGUUUUAGCCCCUCCCCCAGAGAACGAUGAUGUGGUCAAUGAUUUUGACAUCGAGGAGGAGGUCAUUGAAGUGGAGAACAGAGAGGAGAACUUGGCUAAGAUUGCCCGCAGAGUGAAGGACUACAAGGUGGAGGAGAUUAACCCUCCCAGAGAAGGGAAGAGGCUUCUGGUACUGGAUGUGGAUUACACGCUGUUUGAUCACAAGUCGUGUGCAGAGACGGGCCAUGAGCUGAUGAGGCCAUACCUUCACGAGUUCCUGACAUCAGCCUACGAGGACUAUGAUAUUGUCAUUUGGUCCGCAACAAGUAUGAAGUGGAUUGAUGCCAAAAUGAAAGAGCUGGGAGUGACAGACAACCCCAACUACAAGAUUACGUUCAUGUUGGAUAGUGCUGCCAUGAUCACAGUACACACCCCUAAGAGAGGGCUUGUAGAGGUGAAGCCCUUGGGAGUGGUAUGGGGGAAGUAUGGAGAAAUUUACAACAGGAAGAACACUAUAAUGUUUGACGACAUCGGAAGAAACUUCCUCAUGAACCCACAGAACGGACUGAAGAUUCGACCCUUCAUGAAGGCGCACCUCAACAGGGAGAAAGACAAGGAGCUCUAUAAACUCGCUCAAUACCUCAAAGAAAUUGCCAAGCUUGACGACUUUGCAGGACUCAACCACAAACACUGGGAGAGGUUCCUAUCCAAGAGGCAGCAGCAUCAAUGAGGGGCCACUACAUCCUCGACCAAGGCUGGAUGCCGCCCUUCAUCCAGUUCUCAGGCACAUACACACCAACUUGGCUACGACCUAACUCCUUCAUUUCAAACCUGAAAACAUAUCCUGCGGCAACUAACACUCAAAUGCUCAGGACUGAGAUGGCCUUCCUAAGUUAUAUAUUUGCAUGUUAACCAUCUCUCCCAGAUAUUGAUUUUUUUCUUUUUUACAAAUAUUGUUUGCGUUAACUGCAAUAACUGCAUGGUAACACAAAUUACCAUUACCACUCACUUACUCCUACUUUGAUUAGUUGUCAAAAUAUAUCUUAAAUGAUACCUGGAAGUAUUUCAGAUCUUUUUUGAAGGAGACAUAUUAUGCCCAGGUUCAGGUUCGUUACUUGCGACGGGCCCGCGGUGCUCGUUACUUUCCUCAAACUGUCCUUUGCUGCAGCUCUUCUUUUCAGCCUCUGUCUGAAACACUUGGUUUUAGCUCCUGUCUCUAUAAGCCCCCCCCCCCCCUCCUGAUAAAGCCUACACUCUUACUUUACCAGGGUACAGUGGUGCGUUGCCACCAACAAGCGUUACAUCUAUGGUAGCUUCAAAGCUCUUUCUUGUGGAAGAUAACACAGAGGUGAUUGAAUAAAGUAAAUAUCGCUUUGCACAUUGUUUACAUGCACACAAAAAUACGUUGAUUAAAGGGAAACCCUGAAAAUGCAUAAUAUGUUUCCUUAAAAGAUAGGCGUACCUUACUGUCAAAGAAGCCAAGAUCCUACCCAUCGAAUAUCCUGAAGUAACUGAGACGCUACAUUAAGAAGCUGAUAAGUCAUUAGAAUUGGAUGAGAAAUUCCACGCCAAGAAAUGCACAUACCCAUAAUAUAUUCAAUAUCAAGUACGACUUUCACUGCAACAAGUCUGGUAUGUCCAUGUUGUGAAAGUUGUUGUGAAGAGCUAAAGUCAAAAAAUGAAAUGGCAGAUUGUGUUGCAAUCUUUCAAACACUGUAGCCAAUUUGACAUGUUGUAAUACGCAAUAAUCCUCAAAUCUAUUGCUGGAUUAAAAAUUUGAGCUUGAGACUGGUAGUCGCAGCUAACAUUCAUCAACACAAUCGACAGUGAUGCACGUUUUGAUGGAAAACCUCUGUUGUUUGUUGUUAAAUGUGCAGGGGUUGCUGGACACAGGCCUGUGGAUUGGAUUUCAUACAUUGAAUUAAUGAACACAGAGUUUCCACGUAAGGAUUAGUUUGCAUAUUUGCCCAGAAUUUGUUUAAUGCUUUUCUGCACAUGUAAUUGUUUUGUCCUGGCUCUGCUGCAUUGCUGGACGCACAAACUUGAAGACAUGUAGAGGAUGAAUCCAGUUGGUUUCUGUUCAUUUUGUAUGUUUUGUUUUAUGCAAAAUGCACUAGUUGAUCUUGUUUAGAGCUUGUAUUAAUAAGCUGUUUUGGGAAGUACAAGUAAUGAAUUAUGAGAGGAUGAGGAUUUAUGAUGAAAAAGAAAUGGACAGCACAAAACGUGCAUUGAGGUUGUUUUUUUUUUUUGCUUCUAAAUGAUGGUGUCCGCACACAGAGGGAAGAGGAACAAAACAAGUUCACUUUUAGUUCUUGAGAUCGGCCUUUUGGUGUUUUCCUCAUCACAUCCAUUACAUCACUGACACCCGGACUGUAAAUAAACCAAUAAACCUUUUUUUGUACCUAAAUUGCCCGAACUGUUCAUUGACAAUAAUUAAUAACAGAAUAUUGCAAAACAUUUUAAUACAAUUAAUCCCCACUGAAAUACGUUUGAGAUGUAACACAUAAAAGGCCAAAAGGUGCAGUAAAUUAUUUGUUCAUUCAUUUAUUAG